AUGGAGAAAACAAAUCCUAGCCAUGUGAACACAAGAGCUAUACUUUCCUCUCAAGCUGCAGAGGCAGAAAGUUCAGACUCGUCUAUCCAAGCCGAAGUAAGAACAAAACAGCGAAAGAGGAAAUCAGUGGAACAAGGGGAAGGUAGUCGGGCUGAAAGAGCAGCAAAGAGAAAAACUACAGGAAAAAAUCCAUGCACAGAUGAGGGUGAAACAGUAGAGAAACAACAAAAAAUGUGGAAUACAAGAAUGAGCCCGAAGAUUGUGGCUGAGUUUGUUCAACAGCUGACUAAUGAACAGAAAAGGGCUGUGGAGGAGAUCGGUUUUGGAGGGAUAUUACACCUCCAACUAACAAAGAGUGAAGGCCCUCUAAUGAAGUACUUGAUUAGGCAGUUUGAUGUUUAUCGCUCUGCAAUCCGACUCGAAGGGGGUGAAUUGCUGCUUAUAGAAGAGGAUGAUGUUCAAAGAACAUUGGGGAUUCCACAAGGGAGCAACGUGGUUGAGGAGGCCACAAGAUUUGAGCAUAUGGCAAAAGAUGGUGAUAGUGCAGCGUAUGCCAACCUUGUGGCCUCAUGGAGGGAGCGAUGGGGAAUUGAUGGUAAAUCCCCAAUCACAACAUCAAUGCCAGUGCAAAUUCUGAAAAGAGGAGACCAUGGAGAUAUGUUUAAACGCGACUUUGUCCUGUUUAUAGUAUCGGCAAUGCUGUGUGGCCACCAAGAUAGGUGUUGCAACUUUAGGAUUUUAAAAUCCUUGAUAGACCUUGACCAAAUCAAGACCUACAAUUGGUGUGCCUAUACACACAAGUCUAUGGUCGACUCCAUUCAAUCUUUUCAGAAAAAUGACAAGCAAUUCUUCACUGGACCCGUUGCAUUCAUCCUACUUGUGUACUUUGACCGAGUACAGUUUAAGGGGAUGAGAGUGGAUAGAACAUACCCAACCAUUGUUGGGUGGAGUGCUGAACUUGCAAGAAAAAGGGUUAAAGAAGAGAACAAAGCAGGGUCAUUUGGAAGGGGGACAGUGCUCCCUAGAAUAUCAAAACCUACGGAUAUUGCUGCUGCCACCUCCAGGCAGAAUGAUCAACCUCCUGUUGCUGCAUUGAAUAUCCCAUCAUCAAGCGUAGAUAAGGUGGCAGGGAUCCUACAAAAGUUGGCUUCGACAGUAGGAGAGUUUGGUGAGGCUAUGGCUGAAAUUGGAAAGCAAGGAGCACCCGUAAAUGUGAUGAGGAAGACAUUUUCGGGCUUAUCUAACAUGCUAAAUGUUGCCAGCACCAUAGAAGCCACUGCAACCCCAACAUCAUCCCAGCUGGACGACAUCUUCUUUGGUAGUGAAAGCUUAACUAUGGCUGUGGAUGCCCUUGUCGAGGCCUUUGAAAAGACAAGGAAACAAAUGGAUCCUAAUGCCCCUUCUUUUGACUUGGGGCUAUCUCAAGCAACACAGCCAUCGGACCAAUUAGAUGCUCCGACCUUUGAUUUGGGGCUGAGUCCAUCACCACCACCAGCACAGCAACAGGAGGGGGAUUUAGGGGUGACUCCACCACCACAACCAACACAGCAGCAACAUAAGGACAAGGAGCAGCAACAAGAAAAGGAGAAAGAGAAGGAGAAAGAGCAAGAGAUAGAGGAUGCUGGCGGGGGAACUGGGGAUUGA